AUGGCUACCCCUAGUGUCCUCGCCUUUGACGUUGAGGGUCGCGCCAUUGACUUUGAGGUCUGGGUCGACGACCUGCAGCUGUACUUACAGUGCGAUAGGGCAGACGGUCUCUCUCUCUUUGACCUCACCUCUGGCCCCUCUCUUGCCCCUGCUGCUGAUGCUGACCCCACUGUUUGCUCCCAGUGGGCCACGCGCGAUGCUGCUGCACGUCUUGCUGUGCGUCGCCACCUGCCUACCGCUGAGCACGCGCACUUUAGUCAGUACAAGAGUGCUCAGACCUUGUACGACGCUGUAGUUGCGCGCUACUCUUCCCCUGCCACUGCUACACUGAGCCGCCUCAUGCUACCCUUCCUCUUCCCUGACCUUGCUGCCUUUCCCACAGUCGCUGACCUCAUUACGCACCUCCGCACUAGUGACACUCGCUACCGCACGGCGCUUCCUGCUGAGGACCACUUCCUCUCGGUCUGUCCCACCACUGUCACUGUUGACCUCUUAGAGAAGGCCCUCCUAGCAGCGGAGAAGAGCAUCGUCGCUGUAGGAGCCUCUCGUGGUGACCCUCGCACCCCCAUCUUUGAGGGGUGUUCUCUUCCCCCCUUCCGCCCGGUGUCGCCUCUGCCGCUGCGGCCGACCUCGUUGGUCUUGAGUCGGUCGGUGCGGCGUCCGCCCCUAGCGGGAGACGCCGCUCUGGCAAGGGCAAGGGGGGCAAGGGUGCGGGUGGAGCUAGCGGGGGCGGUGGAGGUGGCGGUGGAGGCGGCGGAGGGAGUGGGGGUGGCGGUGGGAGUGGUGGCGGGGGUGGAGGUGUCGGUGGCAGCAGUGGAGGCGGAGGCGGCGGAGGCAGCGGCGGUGCUAGCGGAGGCAGCGGUGGUGGCAGAGGUGGAGGAGGCGGUGGACGAGGAGCGUGGUGGGGGCAUUGGUCCCUGCACCUACGUCCUUCGCACCGGCGACCGCGCGGGUGAGCAGUGUGGGGGUGCCCACCCCACCCAGCGCUGCUUUGGCCGCCUGACGGACGCUUGGCGUCAGCAGUUCCCGGAGGCCAGUGCUGGUGAGGCUGCUGCUCUAGGUGCCAGUGCGUCUGCGCCCUCAGGUACUGGUGAGUCUGCGCUCUCAGGUACUACGUCGGCUUUGGCCUCCCUCACCUUCACCCUUGACUCUGGGCCUUCUCGCUCCUUCUUUCGGGACCGCACCACACUCACGCCGCUUAGUCGGCCGGUUGCGGUGUCUCUGGCUGACCCCUCUGGGGGCCCUGUCCUGUCUCGCUUCUCUACAGUCCUCCCGUGUCAGACGGCUCCCUCUGGCACCCUGUCUGGUCUCUACCUCCCCUCGUUCUCUACGAACCUGGUGAGUGGUGCUGACCUACAGGAUGCGGGUGUCCACCAGUUCACUCCUGCGAGCCAGCGGGUGACGCACUGCACCGAGGCUAGCACAGGCCGACACCUGGCUACGUUUACCCGUCAGCCGGGGUCGAGCCUGUACACACUGACCCUUGCGCCUCCUCCCGUUGCUGAGUCUAGUAGGGUAGCUGCGUCGGGUCAGGUGUUUGCUGCAGCGUCCAGGUCUGGUCCUGAGUCUGCCCCCUGUUCGUGUCGUCUCUUGUCUCACGAGAGUCUCCUCUGGCACCACCGCCUUGGUCACCCCUCUCUGCUUCGGCUCAGAGGCAUGGCCUCCCGUCUUCUUGUGUCUGGGCUGCCCCGGUCCCUCCCUCCCCUUCCUCAUGGCCCUGGCCCUGCCUGUGUCCCCUGUGUCGAGGAGCACCAGCGUGCUGCCCCUCACUCCUCCCAGUUUCCUCCGACAGAGGCCCCGUUGCAGACGCUUCACAUGGACGUGUGGGGCCCAGCCCGCGUCCGUGGACAGGGUCACGAGCGCUACUUCCUGCUCGUUGUUGACGAUUACUUGCGUUACACCACAGUCUUCCCCUUGCGCAGCAAGGGUGAUGUCACUGAGGUGCUGAUCGACUGGAUCCGCGCAGCUCGUCUCCAGCUCAGGCAGAGCUUUGGCUCGAACUUUCCUGUUCUGCGUCUGCACUCGGACAGAGGCGGAGAGUUCUCCUCUGGCCUUUUGCGAGCCUACUGA